AUGUCCCUGGUGGGCAAGGGCCCCCUCGCAACCUCGGGGCCCCCCAAAGGGCCCCCCCCAGGUGCGAAGAUUGCCAUAAAGGGCAGUGGCCCUCCCCCUGGAAAGGUUGCACUGCCGAAACCUCCACUGGCGGGUCCUGCUGCUGCGACCACGCCGGGUUCGCCUGCCAAAGCGUCGACGGGCCCCGGGAGUGGCGUUCUUCCCUCCAAACCCCCCCUAGGGGCCCCCGCUGGGGGUCUCGUAAAGCCAGCUCUUCCGCUUGAGAAGAAGGUACUGCCGAAACUUCCGGCGCCACCAGCUGGCACCAAAACGGCAGACAGUCCACCAAAAGCUCUGCCGCUCAAAAGCCCCACGAGUCCCACCAAGGCGACUCUGGAGAAAGCUCCAGGUGCACUGAAGCAGCCAGCUCCAGGGCCUCCUUCCCCUCCGGGAGCACUUAAACCAGCUGUUCCGAAGCCUCCUCUGUCGGCAGCAAAGGGACUUACCUCAGUUCCGCCAGACCCACCAGUCAAAGAUGGCACAGCUAACGGCAUUUCGAAGGCAGCGAAGGCGGCACCUAGUCCAAAUCCUUCAACUGCAUCAAAGGGCCCACCAGGCACUUCCCUGGCUCCCCCAAACAAGCCAUCUGGUUUGCCAUCAUCACCAAAGGGCCCUCCCGAUUCACCGUCAAUAGGAAAAGUACCAACGGCAUUGGCAGCACCGGCGAAGGAAUCUCUUGGGCCUACCUCCUCAAUAGCGACCAACAAAACUCCAGGACCUUCUCCAGCAACUGCAGCACCGUCAGCUGGCCUUGCCUCGACAAGUUCUAAACUGAUUCACCCCUCUGAAGCAAAACCUGGGAAGCCAGCAAAUGCAGGCGAUGGAUCUGAGGCCCUGUCAAACGUGGGGUCCCCUGGCGUGGACGAAUUCGGGAGGCAGCGGGGCAGCGUGGGGGACUUGGCACCCAGGAGCGAGAUAACUCACGAUCUCUUAGGGAAUGUGAUACCCGUUUUUGACAAGGCGUAG